UGCAUUCUGGGUAUUCCCCUUACAAACCUACAGCUCCAGCAGAGUCCCAGGCUGCUCUGGGUCUGAGGGAAGAAGAGAUGCAGAAAUGUGUAAUUUAAUGUAAUUUUAUCAGCGCGAGGAGGAGAUGAUGACUCCUCUUACAGGAUUUAUUUUAUUUCUGCUGAUUUAUUUUCUCUGGGCUGUGUUUGCAGAUAAACACUCUCUGUUAUAUCUCUACACCAUGCAGUCCAAAACCUCUACUAUCUACGACUGCACUGCUGUAACUCUGCUGAAUGACAGACAGAUAGAUUUCUACAACAGCAGCUCAGAUAAACCCAGAACUGCUAAACAGAACUGGCUGAAGAUCAUUUCAGAAUCUGACUGGAUAAUCAGCACUGAGAAACUGCAGUACGACACACAGCUGUUAAAUAUGCUCAUCGUCACGCAGAUCAAUGAGUUCAGAAACUCUCACUCAGACCGUCAUGUUCUUCAGUGGAGGCACGGCUGUGAGGGUGAACAGAGUUCUGAUGGAUCUCUGACUGUAUUAAACAGUAUUAAUGAAUUUGGUUAUGAUGGAGAAGAUCUGAUUCAGUUUAACUGCACCUCUAAAACCUGGAUAACCCCGGAGGAGAAGAAGAACAGAGAGAGGGAGGAGGAGAAGAACAGAGAGAUGGAGGAGAAGAAGAACAGAGAGAUGGAGGAGGAGAAGAACAGAGAGAGGGAGGAGAAGAAGAACAGAGAGUGGGAGGAGAAGAACAGAGAGAGGGAGGAGAAGAACAGAGAGAGGGAGGAGAAGAAGCACAGAGAGACGGAGGAGAAGAAGCACAGAGAGAGGGAGGAGAAGAACAGAGAGAGGGAGAAGGAGAACAGAGAGAGGGAGGAGGAGAAGAACAGAGAGAGGGAGGAGAAGAAGAACAGAGAGAGGGAGGAGAAGUGGAGUAAAGCCUUUAAUGCUGUUAGGAAAUGUGAUCAGUGUGAGGAGAUACUGAAGAUGUAUUUACAAUACAGAACUACUGACAUCACACAGAGUCACACGCCACCUGUUGUUCAUAUAUUUGCAAAGAAAUCAGUAAGAGACUCGAGAAAGCUGAUACUGACCUGCAUGGCCACGGGAUUCUACCCCAAACACGUGAAGAUGAGUCUGAGGAAGUUCACCACUGAAAUUCCUGAUCAUCUGAUCACAUCUUCUGGAGUCAGACCCAAUGAUGAUGGAACCUACCAGCUGAGGAAGAGUGUGGAGAUACAGGAAGAUGAUUCAGCAGAUUUCAACUGUUACGUGACUCACAUCUCCCUCACAGAACCAGUGAUUAAACAAUGGGAUGGAAGAUGCACAGACUGCCCAGACAACGUUUCUCAUGGUUUAUUUAUUAGAGUUGUUGUCUCAGGGUUGGUGGUGCUCUUGUGGUCUGUGAUGCUCUGUUUUCUGAUUGUAAAAAAGCGUGCGAGAAGAAGAGAAACAGAUCUACACAAAGUAUAUGAACAAAUCUCUCUUUCAGAUGGAAUAUGCACUAAUUUCCCAGACAAUGUCUAUCUGGGUUUAAUAAUUGGAGUUUCGGUCUCGGGGGUUUUGGCAGCGCUUGUUUUUUUGAUGCUCUGUGUUCUGGUGGUGAUAAUAAACACUGCAAGAUGCCCUGACUGCACAGACCACAUCUCUCAGGGUUUAAUGAUUGGAGGUGUGGCCUCAGGGAUGUUGGUGCUCCUGUGUCCUGUGAUCCUCCGUGUGCUAAUAAAGAGAAUAAUGAAGUAUGAAAGAUGGACUGACUUGCUUUAUAACAUCUACUGGGAUUUAAUAGUUGGAGUUGUGGGGCUUGUGCUGAUCCUGUAUUCUGUGACCCUUUGUGUUCUGAUAUGGAGAAUAAAAAAGAAUGGAAGAAGGACUAACCAGCUUAACCACAUCUAUUGGGGUUUAAUGAUUGGAGUUGUGGUGGUUGCGCUGAUCAUAUAUUUUGUGAUCCUCUGUGUUCUGAUGAUAAAAAAGAGGGACAGUAAUGAACCACUUCCUCAACAAGCAGGUGCUGAAAUUGCUGGUGAUGCUGAAGAUUCUGCAGAUGAAAUAGAACUUAAUUAUCCUUCUGCCAAUCCAGCUAAAGGUCCUGCUACCCAUCUACCUGAAGGUCCUGCUACCCAUCUACCUGAAGGUCCUGCUACCCAUCUACCUGAAGGUCCUGCUACCCAUCUACCUGAAGGUCCUGCUACCCAUCUACCUGAAGAUCCUACUGCCAAUAAACAGCCAUCCAAUGGAUAAGAUGUACUAUUAACCAUACAGUCCACACUGUGGUUUACUCUUACAGACUGUUCCACGCCUCAUUUUUCCUGCUUUUACGGUUAUUUUUCUUCUUCUGCUGCUGUUGUUGAGGAACGGCUGCUCAGCUUCCUGUAAUUGGUCUGAAAGUUCGAACCAUCCAGAAAAGCGCUUUCACACUGCAGGAGAACCGGACCAUGGUUCAGAAGAUCCGGACACAGACCACCUCUCUUGGUCGGACCAAUAUCUGGUCCCUCUGGUCCAUUUCUUGUGUUGUGAAUCAGAAGCCUGCAUUUAUACGGAGUGGAAUCCAGUAAAGAGGUCUAGGAUUGAGCUCUUUGAUCUUGCCUUGCCGUA